AUGGGGCAGAUCCAGCAGCAACUCACCGGCACAUCCUCUCCGUCGCUGAACGUGCUUGUCGGGCCGUCGCUGUUUGACCGGUACCCGCAAAUGCUCCAUGCGAGAGAACACUCGUCCGGGUCGCUUGCGUCCAACUUUGCUCAGCAACAAAGGCCCCUGCGGCAAUCGCAGUCCGACUCGCCCGGCUCAAGCACGCAGAACCUCAUCGACCCCUUCUCGCAGAACGCCGAGCUCUCGCCGUUUGGCGGCUACCCCGCGUCGCAGUUCCCGUUGCACAUUGACGAGAAGGAGGAAGACGACUUCUUGCAUAACCCGGACCCCAUUGCGGACGCCGCCUACGACAAAAACAGGUUCUUGUACGACAUGAAGCACAUGGACCGCCGGUCGUUCUUUGGGCUUGUGGGCUACGUACUCAUUUUGUUGGCGGCCGCGGCCGUGUUUAUCGUUCUCCCGGUCGUGACCUAUUCGGGCUCCGCCAGUCAAAGCAAGCCGGAGUCGUACGAGGUUUUGACCCAGUUCUCGUACCCACUUUCGUCUGCAAUCAGGACGAGCCUCAUCGACCCGGACACUCCUAGCGCCAACCUUACAAAGACGACCAGAACAGGCGAGGAGUGGGUGCUCACCUUCUCGGACGAGUUCAACGCCGAGGGCAGAACCUUCUACGAUGGCGAUGACCAGUUCUUCCAGGGGGUGGAUAUCCACUACGACGCAACGAAAGAUCUCGAGUGGUACGACCCCGAUGCGGUCACCACUGCCAACGGAACUUUGGUUUUGAGAAUGGACGCAUACGAAAACCACGACUUGUACUACCGCUCGGGGAUGGUGCAGUCGUGGAACAAGCUAUGCUUUCUGCAGGGAAUGAUCGUGGUUUCUGCAUUGUUGCCUGGGUACGGAAACAUCUCGGGCUUGUGGCCCGGUCUCUGGACAUUGGGCAACUUGGGCAGACCCGGGUAUUUGGGCACGACCGAGGGCGUGUGGCCAUACACAUAUGAUAGUUGUGAUUCUGGAAUUACGGCCAACCAGUCGUCGCCAGACGGAAUCUCCUAUUUGCCUGGACAGAAGCUCAAUGUGUGCACGUGCCCCGGCGAGAGCCACCCGAAUACAGGUGUUGGUCGCGGCUCUCCGGAAAUUGAUAUCGUGGAAGGGUCCGUGGAUUCCAUUCUCAAAGUUGGUGUUGUUUCGCAGUCUUAUCAAGUUGCCCCUAUGGAUAUAUGGUACAUGCCUGACUACAACUUUGUGGAGAUUUACAACCAUGAAGUGACGGCCAUGAACACAUAUGCGGGGGGCCCCUUCCAGCAAGCCGUAUCGAUCUUGUCCACUUUAAACACGACAUGGUAUACCGACGGCGACUACAGCGGGAAUUUCCAAGACUAUGGUUUCGAAUACCUAAAUGACAAUGACGAUGGAUAUAUAACCUUGUAUGUUGGCCAGGACCCGGUGGUCACUGUGAACGCCUAUGCAUUGGGACCCAACGGAAACAUUGGCUUCAGACGUAUUUCAAAAGAGCCAAUGUCGUUGAUUAUGAACUUGGGCAUCUCGAACAACUGGGCUUACAUCGACUGGCCAGCGUUGAGAUUUCCUCUACUGAUGAGAGUCGACUAUGUGAGAAUAUACCAGCCAGCAGAUAGCAUUCUGAUGACCUGCGAUCCGGAAGGUUACCCUACAACUGAGUACAUCUCGAACCACGGGAAUGUGUAUAACAACGUCAACCUUACGUCUUGGGAAGAUGCGGGGUACACCUUCCCCAAAAACAGGCUCGUGCAUGGAUGCUAG